AGUCCAGCUGCCCUGUGCUGAAGGAAAAAGUCGCCUGGCCACGAAACCAUCCGGGUGCUGGAGACGUGCACCCACCCAUCCUGGCGGGCCUUGCGGGAGGACCAACAGCAGGAGGGCUUUCCGCCAGGCCCUGGGGUUGUACUUUCAUGCACCAGCAGCCACCCCCAUCCGCCUUAUGCAAGUCGGUACCCGCCCUUGGCAGAAGCCGGCUUUCUCAUCAGCGUCUUUAGAUUUUCCCACACUCAGCCUAAGCGUUGCUUCUCCACGGAUCGGUUUGGAGGUUGCUAUGUUAAUACUGCUCAUCUUUGGAGUAUUGCUUCAUGAAGUCCCACUGAGUGGCCAAGAUGCACCUCCUCCAGAGACUCCCAGCAUUCCUGGCAAACCUCUAUAUGACUAUGCCAGCAUCCACUUGCCAGAGGAGCACAUUCCCUUCUUUUUGCACAGCAAUAGGCAUAUUGCCACUGUCUGUAAGAAAGACUCCCUUUGUCCAUAUAAGAAACACUUAGAAAAUCUAAAGUACUGCUGGGGUUAUGAGAAAUCCUGCAAGCCAGAGUUCAGGUUUGGUUACCCUGUUUGCAACUAUGUUGACAUGGGAUGGACGGACACUCUUGAGUCUGCUGAGGACAUAUUCUGGAGACAAGCUGACUUUGGAUUUGCCCAAGAACGGCUGGAGGAGAUACAUGUGCUCUGUCAGCCUAAGAACACAAGUGACUCAAGCCUGAUAUGUUCCCGUUACCUUCAGUACUGCAGAGCAACCAAUCUCUACCUUGAUUUACGAAACAUCAAGAGAAAUCACGACAGAUUUAAGGAAGAUUUCUUCCAGAGUGGUGAAAUUGGGGGGCACUGUAAACUUGACAUUCAUACAUUGAUGUCUGAAGGCCAGCGCAAGAGCCCUCUGCAGUCAUGGUUUGCUGAGUUACAAAGCUAUACUGAGCUCAACUUCAGACCUAUAGAAGGUGCUGAAUGUGACAUUGUUAUUGAAAAACCAACGUAUUUCAUGAAACUAGAUGCAGGUGUUAACAUGUAUCACCACUUCUGUGACUUUGUCAAUCUUUAUAUCACUCAACAUGUUAAUAAUUCCUUCAGUACAGAUGUGUAUGUCGUGAUGUGGGACACUAGUACUUAUGGAUAUGGUGACCUGUUCUCUGACAUGUGGAAAGCAUUUACUGAUUAUGAUAUUAUUCAUCUGAAAACAUACGAUUUCAAAAGGGUAUGUUUUAAAGAAGCUAUUUUUUCAUUACUCCCCCGCAUGAGGUAUGGGCUGUUCUAUAAUACUCCUCUGAUAUCUGGCUGUCAAAAUACCGGAUUAUUCAGGGCAUUUUCCCAGCAUGUACUACACAGAUUAAACAUCACACAAGAGGGACCCAAGGAUGGAAAAAUUCGAGUCACCAUUCUUGCACGGAGCACAGAAUAUCGAAAAAUCCUAAAUCAAAAUGAGCUUGUAAAUGCACUGAAAACUGUGUCUACAUUUCAAGUCCAGAUUGUUGAUUACAAGUAUAAAGAACUUGGAUUUUUAGAUCAACUAAGGAUCACACACAACACGGACAUAUUUAUUGGCAUGCACGGAGCUGGUCUUACCCAUUUACUUUUCCUUCCAGACUGGGCUGCUGUAUUUGAACUGUACAACUGUGAAGAUGAACGCUGUUACUUAGACUUGGCCAGGCUGAGAGGCAUCCACUACAUCACUUGGCGGAGGCAGAACAAAGUCUUUCCUCAGGAUAAGGGCCACCAUCCAACGCUGGGAGAGCACCCCAAGUUUACCAACUAUUCUUUCGAUGUGGAAGAAUUUAUGUACCUGGUCCUUCAGGCUGCAGACCACGUACUGCAACACCCAAAAUGGCCAUUUAAGAAGAAACGUGAUGAAUUAUAAAUGCAGAGUCUGUUUGCAAAGAGAGAUUUGCAGUUAAAUCGGCAAAACAACCUGCUAUUUCCUAGCCCCAAAUGACCUUUUCUACACCAAAACAUACCUUCGAGAUGUUAUGGGUUUUAUAGUCUUUAAGUGUUUCCUAUGAUUUUUUUGAGACAUUGCUAUUUAUUAAUAGCAAUAAAUUUGCACUGAAAGCUUUACUUUUUGUGUUCAAAAAUUGAGUAUGGGUUCACUGGUGUAUUCUUGUUAAGGAUACCAAAGUUUUCAACUUUUCAGCUUUAGAAUUUGUAAGUGUUUUUGUAGAAUAUGUGAUUAUGAUUCUGGAGUGUUUCCAUUUGUUUAUGAUAUAUUUGGGUAAAUUUCCAACUGCUCUUGUGUUUGUUAUAAUCUGUUUGUAACACCGAUUAUGGUAGGACAGGAAAAUGUGCACAAUACACGCAUGCAUGUGUGCGCGCUUGUGUACACACACACACACACACACACACAC